CUAAAAGUGGCAGCUAGCAACACCUUAGUGACUCUGGCACGCUGCUAUUUCAAUGAUGUCAUGUUCGAGCUGAUGUAUCGUCUGGAGCUGCCUGAAGAGUUUAUUUUCAUUACAUUGGGCAACCUGUCAUCCGCCUAUGCACUUAAGUGUAUCCCUUUUGUGGGAAUGAUCCUGAACGAUCAUGAUCUCCAUGUUGGAGUUAGUCAAGGACAGCAGGAUGAGACAAGCAUUUUGUGGUGUUCUGGAAAAAUGGUCAAGGGCAGUGAAUGGAUAUUUUACGAACUGGGAAAAGUGCUCAUUCCCCAGAAUGGGUGAAUCACAAUUCUGCAAUCAAAUUCUUCCCUUAUAUUGUCAUGUGACCAGCAACUGGCUGACCUGUGAGGAGCUGGAGCUCAAGCAGGCCAUCAUCAAAGCCCUUGGUCCCAUGAUGGGCAUCCUGCUACACAAAAAGGAGCCGCAAAAUCCGAUAUUUAAAGAGAUCUCAUGGCUCCUUGAGCAAUAUAAGGAGGAAAUUGAUGUUUUUCACGUCACCAAGAGUCUGAGCCAGCUCUUGGAGGUCUCUGGUGAAUAUAAGAUCCUUCUACCUAAAGGGAAGUUUCAAGCCAUCUGCAGUGCUCUGCACAACCAGAUCUGUUCUCCAGCUAAGCAGCUCAGCAUAGAAAACCACAAAGAGCUGUUCCAUUGUGUACUUCUGCUAGCCCGUUCUUCUCCUGAUGACCUGCUGGCAUUUCUACACAAGCAGCAGGAGAUUGAGCAUGAGGCCGUUCGUGUGACGUCUUUAGAGCUCCUGAGAGCUAUUGUUGGUGCUGACUUGCCUGAGACAAGAGUUAAAAAGCUUCUGAUUGAGAAGGCAGUGAAAUCCACUCUCAGUGAUCAGAAUGCUACGACUCAGGGAACUUUUGAUCGGUUUGGAUCUCUGAUUGGAAAAAUAGCACCAUACAGCUGUGAUUCGCUGGCCACGUCCCGUCAGUGGGUGGUUGACUGUAUCAGCUGCCUUCUCUGUAUACAAGGCCAGUCCAUAAACCUGGGCUCAGCAGAGGAGGAGUUGAGAUGUCUCCGUGAAGCACUAACAGCUCCAGACCCCGAGGCUCUGUUUCAGGCAUCUUCCAAAAUGGCCAGGGUUGUUAGUGAGUACUUUCCCUCCGAACAGGCCACAGACUUUAUUGCGGCCACAUUGGGUAGUCUGCUGUCUGCUAGCCCCACCUGUGCCACGGCAGCUGGACUGUGGAUGAAGAUCAUCCUGAUGGAGUGUGGAGAUGCCAUGCUGGACCAGGUGCCAGAUAUCCUGGCUAUACUAUAUCGCCACAUGCCUACUAUCCAGGAGGGCAGCUUGAGGCAGUUCCUGGUGGAGGCAGUGUCCGUUCUAGCUCACCAUCACCAAGAGGCAGUGAUCUCCAGCCUCCUCAGCAAAGGUCUGCCGAUGGACAGGCUUUCUAUCAAAGCAUUAGAAUCUGUGCUUUUCAAGGGUGGGAAUGAGAGACUGGUGAGAGCGCUCAGGAAGCAGAGGACUUGGACUCUUGUGGAAAACCCCAAGACUCACCAUGAGGGAGUGUGUCUGCUGGUGAGUCUUCUGCUAAGAUCUGGACUCAUAACACCUGAGAUCAUACAGAGCCUCCUCCCCUGGGUGAAUUCCCCCUCAGAAAACCACCGAGUCACCAGCACAGCUUUCCUUGCCCAGCUAAUGAGUGAUCCCAUGCUCAGGGAGAAGAAGUUCCUUAAGCCAGUCUUACACAUCUUGGAAGAAAAGUCCCAUGAUAGGAACAGCAUUGUCCGGCAGAUGGCUGUAAGAGGCCUGGGAAAUUUAGUCUAUGGGGCGCCUGAGAAGGUGAAAAAGCACAAGAAGUUUCUUAUGGUCAUACUGAUCAGGGCCUUAAGUGACCCUUUCAGUUCUGAAGUCAUUGGCGAGAGCAUGAAAGCAGUGGCCAAAGUCCUGAAGGAGCUGAAAGAGAAGGACAUAGGUUCUUCCUUCAGAGACCUCACCCAACAGAUCCGGACCUACUUUGACAACGAGGACGAUGCUCUUCGUUUAUUGUCCUUUGUCCUGUUUGGCAUCCUGGCCCGCCUGACCAAAAGAAAAUGGAAGGGCUAUUUCGCCGAGCAGGUUAGACAGAGCUGGGUCACACUUCUGCUGCACCUGCAAGACCCGAACCCCAGGGUUUCAGUGGAAUGCAGAGCUACAUUUCACCUCUGUGUCCCGUUUUUGGGACUGAAGAGGCUCCAAACUGCCGUGAAUCAACACCUUGAUGGCACAGCCGAGCUGAAGCCUGAAGAGCUCCAGGUGGACAUUUGCAGACACCUUGCCAAAGAGAAUGCCGAGCUGCUGGAGAACUUGUACAAAAGCACCAUCACGUACUUCUGUAGCAGCUGGGAAGAGAUCCGGGCAGUUGCAGCCAAGUUAGCUGGCAUCAUCCUGGAACACACAGACAGGCAGCGUAUGAAAUGGCUGGACCUGGAACAUCUGCUGAUGUCUCUCCAGGUCCUCAAGAAAGACCCAAGUCCCUCUGUCCAGCUGGUGGCAACUGAGGUCCUAAAUGACAUCUGUCCUGGCCGAGUGCUUGGGGAAUGAAGCGGGAGACAAAGAGAACAAGGCGCUCCAGUAGUAUAAGGGCCCUACCGUCAAUCAAACGUUAACCCCACCCUUGGCCCUCGUAAGCCUUGCCCACCGGUCACUGGAAGUCCCAAGCCAUGAGGUAUUACUUCCAGGGUCAAGGCAGACAAAUGACCGGAAGCAAUGUGUGUCAUGUGACCCCUCUAAGAACUCCUCCCAUUGUCCUCUACCAAUCGGGAUGGGUUUCGCCCUGAUAGGAACGCCCCAAGAGAAGAUUUGACCAAUCAGGGGGAGUUCCGGGGCAGGAUGACCUGUCUGGAAGUGGUUCGUGUGACCCCUCUAAGAAUACCUCCCACCACCGUCUACCAAUCAGUAGGGGUUUGAGCCACUGGGGACCACCCCGAGAGGAGGUUUGACCAAUCAUGGGGAGUUGCGGGGUGGGGUGAUCUGUCUGGAAGUGGUUUGUGUGACCCCUCUAAGAAUUCCUCCCACCGCCCUCUACCAAUCAGGAGGGGUUUGAGCCACUGGGGACCACCCCGAGAGGAGAUUUGACCAACUGGGGGGAUUCCGGGGUGGGGUGACCCGUCUGGAAGUGCUUCGUGUGACCCCUCUAAGAACUCCUCCCACCACCUUCUACCAAUCGCGAUGGGUUUCAGCUGCAGAGGACCGCCCCGAGAAGAGAUUUGACCAAAAUGGGGCAGGUUCUCGGAUUGGGUGAACUGUCCAGAAGAGGAUCAUGUGAGCCCUCUAAGAACUCCUCCCAACGCCCUCUGCCAAUCAGAGUGCAGCACCAUCACCCCAUAAGUCCCAGCGCUGGGCAGAGGACGCCAUCUCUUACCAAGAAGACAUGUUUUAGAAAUUGUGGAAAGGCUGAGAGGAAACAUGGACUCCUUUACCACCCCCGUGAGACCUUCAGAUUUUGUUUUAGCUCCGAGGACCUUUGGAGUUGUGUGGAGAAAGCGCUACGGCAGUGACAGUUCCGAGGAGGGCCCUUUGACUCAACCGUUGAUGGAUACGUCGGAACCCGACCCCAAAAUCCAAACCUUUGUGAGGCACCCCGAUGAGUGUGACAGCCUCUCAUUGUCCAUGCCCUAAAGUUGGAAGGCGAUUGUGGCUUGGGGGAGUCACAAGGUGAACGGGAAAGACGGCGCUCAGGUAAAUGAAUGAUUAAGAAGCGACGGUCGAUCAUGGGGGUGUAAUGGGGUUAGGAAUCGACCUGGCAUUGCAUAAAUCUAAAAACAGGCAGUGGGGUGCUUACACUGUUUUUUGUCUGAAAAUCUCUCAACAGCUCGACGAUGCCUUUCUAGAGGCCUUUGAGAAGUUACACAUCAGGUAGCCCUGUGGGAGUAAAUCCAUCGCGCAUCAGCUGUUUUUGCUCCUGUCUGAGACCCAGAUCUCAAGAGGAAAAUCCAGAAAAGGACAAAAAUGGAAGAAUGAACCAGCUCAGACUCCCUCAUGGUAGGGAUCAUGGCGUCCUUUGUUUCAGGCGGCUGUAAAAGAUUGUGUUAAACCAGGCGAUUAAUAAAACUUAUUUAAAUGUGUCAGAAUGAACGUGUCCCCCUCCAUACUUGUGUUCGUAAAAGACGGUCCCAGGAACAGUCAUGUCUCCACAGACGGCUCUGUUAAAGAAAAUCUGUUAAGCCCCCAGGAAAGUUGGGGGCUUUGACGGGGUCAAUCUUCUUUUUCAAGUGGCCAAAAAGCAUCAUAAAACUUUAAAUAGAAGACAGGUAAGAGCUUGGCUUUCACACCAGGAUGCUUACACUUUACACAAACCAGCUCAAAUACGUUUUAAAAGAACCAGGACCGUUGUUUCAGAUGUGGACGCGCAAUGGCAGGCAGAUUUGGUCCGUAUGCACCGCUUCUCCAAACACAACAGCGGUUUUAAGUACAUCUUAACAGUGAUAGACAUUCUAUCCAAAUAUGCCUGGGCCUUAGGCCUAAAAGACAAGAUGAGCGGUGAGGAAUCCAAGGCCUUUAAAGCUAUUUCUUGCCAAGGUCGCGUGCCUCAAAAAUGACAAACUAAUCGGUGGAAAGAAUUUUGAAACAAACCUUUUAGCAGAUUGUUGAAACGGCACAGCGUUAACGCUUUUUGUUACUGAUAAUGAAGUCAAAGCAGGGGUUGUGGAGCGAUUUUAACAGAACUUGAAAAAGAUGUGGAGGAUGUGGCGAUAUUUUACAGCCCAUAACGCCUUUCGCCACAUUGACCUGUUACCUGACUUUAUGAAGAGUUACAACCAGAGCUUUUACAGAACUCUACGUACCAGACCCGCUGAUGUUAACCCUUCCAAUUCUCUGAAGAUAUGGAAACCGGUCGAUAGAGACGGUUUUAAAAUAAAACCGGUUGUUCCCCUUUUAGAAAAGGCGAUCAUGUGAGACUAUCUAAAACCAAAGGAGCUUUUGAAAAAGGUUGUGAACAGACGUUUACCAAUGAGAUAUUUAUAGUGGAUGAAGCCUUAACCAGGAGCCCGAGACCUGUAUACCGAUUAAAAGAUUACGAGGGUGAGACAGUUACUGGAUCUUUUUACCCUGAAGAUUUACAAAAAGUAAACCCCAAACAAGACAAGAUUUGCAGGAUCGAAAAAGUUCUAGCGGAGAAAGGAAAAGGGAGAAAAAAGCAGCUACUGGUGAAAUGGUUUGCGGGGGAGGGGGGGCGCAAUAAGUUUACCAGCUGGGUGGAAGCUUCUCAAUUCUGACGUUUAGACACAAACAAACAAAAAGAUUCCUCCUGCAAAGACUGAGGGAGCGAAAAAAAAUGAGCGACAGCGGGUUUUACAUGACUUUGCCCAGCAAUGCCAGCUCUGCAGUUUUUCCUCAAAACACCAGCUCGAACUUUACAAUACAGCUAAUUAAGCCCUUGGGUCUCCCGGGUGCCUGGGAGGUGGGGUUAGUGGAAAUACAACACCCGCACAGCUGGAACGCUAUCAACGAGGACACCCCUUUUGAAAUCACCUUUGAAGAUAUGGCAUAGAGUUUUAUCCUACGACGAGGUUAUUACUCGUCCAUACCCGAAUGAUUGGAUCAUAUGAACAGUACCGUGGCUCGUCAUCCCCCACCGCCUGAGGUGGUCAUGAACGAUGACCCUGUGGGUAGAAAAGUUAGCCUUAAAUCCGCUGAUUUUACUUUUAUGUUUUCUACCAGCAGGGAGCUAGCUAACAUUCUAGGUUUGGGCCCCAAGCGCAGCGUCCAAAAAUUCCCCUUCUGGGCAGACAUCACAGGGGGAGUUAAUUCCCUGUAUCUGCACACAGAUAUUGUAGAACACCAGUUUGUGAGGGACUUUUCUGUUCCCCUGUUACACUGUGUCCCUGUCUGAGGAAGGAACAAUGAGUUUGUCACCAUCACCUACGAUAAACCUCAUCACGUUCCUGUCAGAAAACACCACAUCGAUACCAUUACCAUUGAAAUAAAGACAGAUCAGAACAGAUACGUCUCAUUUGUUGAACGGAGUGGAUGUGAAAAUUUAAACUGACGCGCAGAUAAGACGCUUUCUGUUUAAUGGGCAGUGCAGCCGAAGGCUUUAAAUUGCGCAUUGUAUCGAGCAUCCCUUUUUGUGAAGAAAGUACGGGUGGCCCUGAGCGUUUGUCUGGGGCACGCGGAGUCCCUGCUUACCACAAAUGCUAAAUAUCCCAUGGACCGUGUGGGAAUGAAAGUGUUUAGCAUCCCCGUGGGCAGCAGGGUCAAUAACCAGGAGAACCUGUUUUUUGGGACAGUUACCCAAAAUGCUUGUCCUAGGGUUUGUCUUAUGCCUUGAGUGGAAGUUACACUAAAAAUCCCUUUCAUUUUAAACAUUAUGAUAUUAAUUUUGUGGCCUUGUAUGUGGAUGGUGAACAGAUACCAACCAAGCCUCUGCAACCAGACUUCGAGGCAGGAUGCUGCGUGAGAGAAUACAUGAAUCUGGUACAGACACUGGUAAACACAUGACAGAUCGUUCUCUGUUAAUCGACCGUGAGGAGUUUCCACAGGGUUACACCUUGUUUGCCUUUGACCUGUCUCCCGACCAGGAAUGCGCCGAUGACUAUUCCCUGAUUCAAACCGGGAACCUGAGAGCAGAAAUACGUUUUGGGAAGGCUUUAACCAUCACCAUCAAUCUGAUCGUGCAUGGGGUUUUUGACAACAUCAUAGAGAGAAAUCAGAGGAGAGACGUUCUGCUUGACCAUAUGUGAACAUGGACACCGUGCAGCUCUCGUGUGUCUUAUCAAGGUGCCUUACACAAAAAAGAAUUUCUUAGAUGUGUUCCCUUGUGAUUUGGCUCCCUGGCGACAAGCUGUCUCAGAGACCCCUAGGUUUGUAUCGCGCAUCCACACAACCAACCUGGUGAACACUGGCUUGCCUUGUGUCUGGCGGAGCGUAACCGUGGAGAGUUUUUAGACUCAUACGGGCACCCCCCGAAGAGCAUGUUGUUUCCUAAAAGCAUUAUGAAAUUUUUAAACAAAAAUGCCACAGGCAUUGUGUUUCACAAUAGACAAUUACAAGACCCCCGCUCUGUCGCCUGCGGCUAUCACUGAGUGUUUUUCUUACAUCAUCGGAGCAAGGGUUUAUCUUGUGACCGGAUUUUAAAAUUGUAUUCUAACGACUUAGUGCAAAAGGACCGGAUGGUGAUGAACUUUGUAAAAAAUACAUUUAAAUUCUUGGGCAUGCCUAGCCUUGCUCAAAAUGUGUUUCAACAAGCCCAGACUGUGUAUCUUGCAAUGCUUUUUAUAGCCAUGUUAUCCAAUAUUCUCAGGCAUAACAGACAAUGUUUUGUUUGGCAUUAUCCAACACAUUUUUUAUAAAGUAACUUUUCCCACAGUUGCUAGGCCCCGCGAGAAUUGCAGAAAAGGGGUGUUUCCACCUCGUAUCCAUUUUAAAAUCCGUAGGGCAGGGUUUUAAACCCUUCUCCUAGGACCCUCUUGUUGUAAAUGACUUUCUGUGUUUUCUUAAGGGUUUUGGUCUCUAUUUACCACUGAUUUUUGUUCCUUACGAUAGAGGGCUGCUGCACCUCUCUCUUUUUUGAGGUGUUUUCUCGCAGGCCCGUGCAAUAGUCCAGGACUAGAUCUUUCAAACUGUCAAAGUUGAUCUUUUGACAGUUUGCCAAGUUCAGGGUAAUACCUUUGACUUUCAUACAGGCCUUUCCUCCCGACAGCUUAUACCCGUAUGUUUUCGGGCCUGCCGACACAAACUCGGUGAUGUGUUGAUCUGGCGGGAUCUCGCUCGUGAGGGAAUUUAGAAAGAGUUUAGCGAUUUGGCGUUUAGCGGGGUUAAACCUGAUCUCGUGUUGGCACAAACUGCACGCCUUCUUUCUGGUAGAAAUAGUUCAUGUACUUAUUUUGUUUUUCUUCGUCUGUGCACCAGCUGGGAUACCCUGAAGCCUCUUGUUUCUGGCGGAGGUGUCAUUUGAUGUACUCUGAAAAGAGUUCAUCAGAUUUUUCAUUAAAAAGCCAGAUUUCAUAUAUUUUUGCCUACCGCAGUACCCCUUCGCUAUGGCCGCGUUCAAUUCCACCGUGCACCAAGUCCCCAGGAUGGCCCUCUCCUCGUCAGUAUGGAUGCACAUCUCCUGCUGCUCGGUUUCCGCACAGGUUCGGCAUAUCGGGAACAUAAGUUUGCCACCCACUCUGACAGGUAACAAUGGGAAAAAGAAGCCUUGUGUGGGGUACAUCUUUAACUUUUGCAAUUCCAAAAUAAUUUGCAAGGGGUCCAAAUUUGUCAUAAACUAUAUCGGGGUGUCCGAUAGGGUAUUCUUUGGUUUUCUUUACAAAAGGGUAGAAGCUGGUAAAAUCAUAAUAGUGGAUUUCUUCCCCGGAGUUAAGUUUGUAAUAUAGGCGGAUAGCGUUUGUCCUCCCCCCAAAAAGAGCAUCCCUAGGCACGAGAGGCUAGGGCAACUGGGCUCAUUUUAAAUACCUGCAAGCUCCCUGUCUGUUUCUUUCCUCACUUCCCUACUCUUGCUCCCAAAGAGUCCUCACUACAAAACCAAGUGGUUUCAGAUAGUCGGUCUUGAGCUGCGUCUUGUAAUAAAGAAACCCAAAAGUUGUCCCCGUCAUAGGGUUUUGUGCUUUUUCACAAUGACAGGUGCCACAACCGUGGAAAAGAACACCCGUUAAACUCUAAGGCUGUGUGUACCCUGUCAACACUGGCAUAACCCUCUAAAGAGUAGGAGCCUACCUGUAGUUCCCCACCCUGUAAAGCAUGCCGUAGUUGUAUAGUUUCUUUGUCAGAGGUAUACAACAGCCACUGAACAGAUGGGGUGGAAUAUCUUUUUCUGCCUGUCAUCAUUGUCUGGAGGGAGAAGAGCUACCGUGUUAGGCUCCAGAAACAUAAACCUGUACACAGCCAUGCAGACAGAUGCCAGUGCUAUGUACCAGAAUGGAUCUAUACACAGUUUUAUCUCGGUGAAUUUACCAGGUUCUCUCUCUACUAGAUCUCCCUUCUCCAUCAUUUUCAUAAUCUCUUUUCUAUAUAGGAUACAAGGCUGUCUCAAAAUUUUGACAUCCUGCUGACAGUAAUACGCAAGCUCUUUCUGCAAGUCAAACGUCUCCUCCCUGUGGGCCUGCUACCAGUCGAGAAACUCUGCUUUUUCCCUGGGCAUCAUGCUUUCUACACCAUAGUGCUCCACACAUAGGGCAUAGGCCCCACGUCAUUUUGAUUUUCUAAAGUGUUCAAAAAAUGUGGAAAAUACCCUUUGCACCCUUCAAACCCCAUCACCUGCGGGAGCUUACCAAGCUUCAUGGGCAAGAAGUUUAAAGAGUCUAGAAAACGAAUGCCCAGGGCCUUAACUUCCACACACAUUAGUUUACUACGCUGAGUGAUCAGUUCUAGGCACAUCUUUUCCUUCAGUAACUGUCUAAUGAUGAAGUAUGCAUCGUAACCUUUGGAAUUGUGCGCCUGGAACGUGUAGACCCGGAACUCUUUGCCAAUAAAGGUCUGAACAAACAUAGAAAGACACUCAUCACCCUUAAAUUCCCAGGACUUUUCCGGCUUGAGGGACAUAGCAAAAAUGUAAUUGGGAGUGUGCAACCCAGUCUCCUGUGUGUAUUCGGAAUCAUAACAAAUACACUUUUCUGAGGAUUCGGGCUUUCUAAGGCUGUCCAUAAAACCGAGGUGACCGUCUACAUCACCAGCGAUCAAACCCUGACCCUGCUUACAGCGCCUCCCUUUACACCUGUGCCGCUUGUCCACGUAAGACUGACCCUUAUCGCACAACGUUUUAGACAGGCAUUCAGCUUGUUCUGUCGAUGCCCAGUCGAUGUGUCUGUCUAAACGCUCUCUGGACUGACAAUACAGUCUACGGCGAGGACACCUCAGCUGCACGUCCACGCUGUCUGAGCAUGUUACGCUCAAGCAGAGGCAGCAGCUGUACCUGCAAGAGUGGCCGUGACUGUGCACCGUGGGGCAAAACUCACCAUAAUUUUUUGCUCCGAACAACUUUUUCACAACCAGAACCCCAUAGUAAUGCUCAUUGUGCAACAGGAUGAAAUAAGUCUUGGGGUAAACUGCCCCCCCCCGUUUAAAAAAAGGCCCCUUUCGCCGCAUACAGCACCACCUGUAUGUUGACUCCUAAAUGCUGUUCAGACAUUGCUACGUCACUGAGCAUAAUCUUUUUUUGAUCUGACCAGCCCAGUUUCUCAUGCAACUUUCUCGCCCCCCGCUAACGAUUCCGCGUCCGUAGGUUUAUGGUCGGACAUGACGGCCAAGAGCCCACUGCGCAAAACACAGAUUGGUAGCCGUGUAAGUCAGGUCUACUAAACAUUGUCUCUUUUUUAUGGAUGAUUUGACUACUGAGGAUAGAAUU